UAUUAUAGCGUGUAUUUGUUUGUGUGUGUCUUGAUCGAUCUCAUCCCCUUUCCCACAUUCUGCAGCAACUCUCUUUCACGUUACCUGCCACCCGAAGCCACCGCCACCGCCACCGCCACCGCCACCGUUUGCUUCUCUUCCCGGAACCAAAUCGCAGGCAGCGUAGGCUUCAGGCGGGGUGAAGAAAGUUGUUGUAGAAGCCAUGGUUCUUGACACCAUUCUGUCUUCUCCUCGGUUGAGGUCUCCAUCUUUCAAGAGGCAGUUUGCAAAGGUUGAACUGGGUAAUUGGUCCACACUGGUCCAGAGGCAUCGCUUCCUCUUAUCCACUCUUGUUCUCCUGACCAUCCUCUGUUUUGUUUAUCUCUAUUUUGCUGUCACUAUAGGGUCCAAUGGCUCUUGUUCUGGGUUGACUGGGGCACAGAAAGCUUCAUGCCACAUGGAGCUUGUUAAGGAUUCUAUAGCCAAGGGGAAACUGAGAAUGCUUUGAUUUUUCAAACAUAACUAAAAUGGAAUUUUUGUUCUUGAUUUUCCCUGAAUAUAGGUGAAAUUAAAUCCAAAUAUAUAGACCUUGUCUACAUUAUUUAUUUGUGUGAUGUUUAUACAUGCGGUUUAUCUUAGUAUUUGUUGAUGUACAAUAGUGUAGAAAGUAAUUUUUUAGAUUCAUCAAGUUAAGUUUGAUGGUUGCUCA